UCACUGUCGGCUCAGGGCUGGGGCUGGGAGGGUGGCGGUGAGAACCAUUCCCUGACCAAAAGGCAGCUUGUUUGCAAUGGGACCUGGUCUGAGGGAGCCGCGGCACUGCAGGAAGUGACUGCGGAAUCAUUUGGACCGAAUGUCAAUCAUGGGAAACUGGUCCACACUUGCCAACCAACACUGGAGACUCCUGAAGAACAAACUACUUAACCCAAGAUCAGAGGUGGGGAAGGGAAUAUUGUUCACCAUCAGCAACAGGGCAGCCACUGGAGUGUACUGUGAAGACCCACAGGAUGGGGGCAGCGGCUAUUGCAGGAUUUCUCCUUGUGGAAGAGGAGGAGGAACAGCAGCAGAGGAGGGCAGCCCAGGAACGCAGAGGGCACAGACGGAUAACCACGCGGCGCACAAACUACCCCAGGCACCGGGUGUUUAGGAACAGGGUCAGCUACUUAGGCUUGACAGAGGAGCAGUGCCUGAAGAGGCUGCGGCUGAGCAGGGAUGCUGUGACCGAGGUCUGUCGUUUGGUCCAAGGUGAUCUACACGGAGAGUCGAUCAUCCGCACUGCAUUGCCAGUGGCAGUGAAGGUCACCGCUGCCCUGAACUUCUACGCCACAGGGACUUUUCAGGCACCCACGGCGAACAUCACUGGGAUCAGCCAGUUUGCUGUGUACCGUUCCAUUAAGGAGGUCACUGAUGCAUUGAUUCGAUAUGCUCCCACCUACUUGAGUUUCAGGAGGGACGAAGAGCAACAACGACAACAGUACUUCUUCAACAUUGCCAGCUUCCCCAAGGUACAGGGGAUUAUUGAUUGUAUGCAAGUCGCCAUUUGUGCGCCGAAUAACAAUCCCAUGGCCUACUUAAAUGCAAAAGGCUACUACUCUAUCAAUGUCCAAAUCAUAUGUGACCACCGACAGAAAAUAAUGAACGUCAAUGCAUGCUGUCCAGGGGGCAUGCACGACUUUUACGUUCUGAAGCAAUCUGAGGUGCCCUUGAUGUUUGAAGGGGAAGGAAAGCUGAACGGAUGGCUCCUUGGAGAUCUUGGUUAUGUGCUGCAGCCAUGGCUGAUGACUCCACUGCUGCACCCUGGUACCGAAGCUGAGAACAGAUACAAUGUUGGACUUGCACAAACCAUUAGAGUCAUAAAACAGACAUUCGGAUUACUGAAGAAACGCUUCAAGUGUUUGGAUCAUUCAGGGGGUGCCUUGAGAUAUGCACCAGAAAAAGUCAGCAAGAUUGUAACUGUGUGCUGCAUGCUGCACAAUAUUGCCAUGGACAGUGGCCUCUCCCUGGAUUUAGAUGAGGAGCUUCAAUCCAUAGAAGAUGAGGAAGAUCACGGCCCACAGCAACCACCAGCCCUGGAUCAGCCACUACAGGCAGCGAGGCAGAUGCGUGAGGAAGUCAUUGCUCAGUUCUUUAGUUGAGGGCUUCUGCUGUUUUCUGGACUUGGUUCUCUAUUUUUGCAUUUUGGUUACUGAACAGUUUUUUUUAUUGCUUCUCUAAUUUUGUCACUUCAUAAUAAAAUUAGUCUUUGAAACUAUCAUUAAAAUGUGCAAAUAAUGAAAUAA